CCCGACUUUAAUCGGGAACGCGCAGAAAGAAGAAGGCGUGGCGGCGUGGGGUGUCGAACGGAAGGGGACGUACAGGAAAAGAAAAAGGCCGCUGCCUCACGCACGACGUACACGUCACUGGCGGAGCGAGGGGCGGGCGGGGGGAAGCAGAAGAGCAAUGUUGCUUAAUUUCCACAAUUAUUUAUUCGUCCCUCUCUUCCCGUUUGUUACCGCGAAGCUAUCGCAGUUUGAAGUGCAACUUCCUCCCAGUCAUCGGGUGAGGGGUGUCUGUCGUGAGCACACACACUGUCAGUGACACACAGCCACUGAACUUCCCGUCAAGACGCAGCACACACACACACAAGCGUCAAGAGCUGCUGCCGUUUGUGACCAAAAAAAAAAAAGGGGAACGACAUCGUGGGUUGUCAAGACGAGAGGACACACUCGACUCCACACGGCAUUUGGASAGAGAAGGGGUGCCUUUGUCCUCCAGCUGAGCGCGAGCCGAGACGGUUCUGGUGUUCCGCUAAUUAGCCUGCGUUGCUCCCUGCAGAGAGAGAGAGAGAGCAGGGCUCCCUCCCUGCACAGCCUCUGUGAGUCACUGGGCUUGUUAGAGCCCCAAUCUGGACAUUUAACCUAAUUUUAAUGCUACUGAUGGGAUAUUUUAGUAAAUAGUCCCCGUUUCCUUCUGCUACCCCCCGUCGGACCGUGGCUCGGAUUUGCCCCUCGGGCGCUGUCCUCGCAGCGGGGGGGUACGGGAUCACCACCGCCCGGUGAAGCUAACUCUCCAGGCGGUGGUUCGGUCUCUUUUGACCCUUGCCCCUGCCUCGCCUGUCUCCUUGCCGCUCUGGCCGACCCUAGCCGACUCCGAACACUAUGGCAGGGAACCUGAAGAAAGGUGGGAUUAUCGGAAUGAUGAAGGAUGCCUUCCAGCCACACCAUCACCACCUCCACUCCCAUCACCAGCCCGGGGUCGUGGACAAGAAAACGGUGGAAAAAUGCUGGAAACUGAUGGAUAAGGUGGUGCGGCUGUGCCAAAACCCCAAAUUGGCUCUGAAAAACAGCCCCCCUUACAUCCUUGACUUGCUGCCAGACACCUACCAGCACCUGCGCACCAUCUUAUCUCGCUAUGAAGGCAAAAUGGAGACGCUGGGGGACAACGAGUACUUCCGGGUCUUCAUGGAGAACCUAAUGAAAAAGACCAAGCAGACCAUCAGUUUGUUCAAAGAGGGCAAGGAGCGCAUGUAUGAGGAGAAUUCACAACCCAGGCGGAAUCUCACCAAACUGUCGUUGAUCUUCAGCCACAUGCUGGCUGAACUGAAAGCCAUCUUCCCCAAUGGUCUUUUUCAGGGCGACAAUUUCCGCAUAACCAAAGCAGAUGCUGCAGAGUUCUGGAGGCGUGCUUUUGGGGACAAAACCAUUGUGCCUUGGAAAGUAUUUCGUCAGUCCCUCCACGAAUUUCAUCCCAUCAGCUCCGGGCUGGAGGCCAUGGCUCUUAAGUCCACAAUAGACCUCACCUGCAACGACUACAUCUCUGUUUUUGAGUUUGACAUCUUUACGAGGCUAUUUCAGCCUUGGUCAUCCCUGUUGCGGAACUGGAACAGCUUGGCUGUUACUCAUCCAGGGUACAUGGCCUUCCUCACCUACGAUGAGGUCAAAGCCCGUUUGCAGAAGUUCAUCCACAAGCCCGGCAGUUACAUCUUUCGUCUAAGCUGCACACGACUGGGCCAGUGGGCCAUCGGUUAUGUGACGGCAGAUGGGAAUAUUCUUCAAACCAUUCCCCACAAUAAACCCCUCUUCCAAGCCCUCAUAGAUGGUUUCAGAGAAGGAUUCUAUUUGUUUCCUGAUGGCCGGACCCAAAACCCUGACCUGACUGGACUGUGUGAGCCUUCACCACAAGACCACAUUAAAGUUACUCAGGAGCAAUAUGAGCUGUACUGUGAGAUGGGCUCCACUUUCCAGCUUUGUAAGAUCUGUGCUGAGAAUGACAAGGAUGUGAAGAUCGAGCCCUGCGGUCAUCUCAUGUGCACCUCCUGUCUCACUGCCUGGCAGGAGUCAGAGGGUCAGGGAACGGGAUGUCCCUUUUGUCGCUGUGAAAUUAAAGGUACAGAGCCCAUUGUUGUUGAUCCUUUCGACCCCAAGGACAACAGCGGAGGCUCGUCUCGAUGCAUCAUGGGGGCUGAGGGCGCACCGUCGCCCAGCUAUGAUGACGAYGAUGAUGACAGACUUGAAGACCCCCACCUGGUGAUGAGUAAUCUUGCAAAGGUGGACCGCCCCCCGUCGCCCAUGUCCAUGCCUCCUCAGUCAUCUCUUCCCCCAGUGCCUCCCAGACUUGACUUAUUACCACACAGACCUUCACCGAACCCCACUGGUGCGUCCAGUCCAGUGGUCAGCAGCAAGGCACCGUCUCACCACAAAGACAAACCUCUUCCUCUUCCUCCUGGACUGCGGGAUCUUCCCCCUCCUCCUCCCCCAGACAGACCCCACACGGUCGGAGCGGUCCCUGAUGCCCGACUCCAGAGACGGCCCUUACCCAGCACUCCGGGGGAGCCCCCUCGAGAUAAACUCCCUCCCACACCCCCAAACCGUCCCGUGUCUGACUGGAACUCCAGGCCUGUUCCCAAGGCCCCCACCUCCUCCUCUUCCUCAUCGUCAUCAUGCUCUUCAUCCACACAAGUUUCCAGCCUGGGAGGGGACAUCCGAGCAGGUGUCAGGGAACUAUCCAACAGACACUCCCUCCCCUUGGCACUGCCCUCUGCUAUGGACACCCGCUCAGACUCCCAGAAGAACAACAGCUCUCUCAGUCUGGACCACCAGCUGAUUUUUGCUGCAGUACCUGGUCCAGAAUAUGACAACCCCAAAGUGAAACCCUCCUCCUCAGCCAAUGCCAUCUAUUCACUGGCAAACAGACCGUCUCCAGUUUUGAGGCCAGUAACAGGAGAAGAGCCAUGCGACAGUGAGGAGGACUCUGAAUACAUGAUUCCCUCUUCUCGUCCCGUCGUGGCACCACCCACUGGGGAGCCUCUACCAGUGCCGAGACCCCCACAGUCUCAGCCUCUGUCAGCACUCCAGGCACAGGCCCAACCCUCUGCUCUCAACUCCCGGCUGACACUAGCCGCUGAAGACGGACCUGUAAGUCAUGAAGCCAUGUACAACAUCCAAGGCAGAGAUUCAGGUUAUUCAGAACUGCCCCCUCUGGUGAUGGCGAACGGUCCCAGAGACCCUGUACUCGAGAACAAGGAGGAUGAGGACGACGACGAURACGGCUACGACUUUCCAAAGCCCCUACAUUUGCCCCCUGCACGACGGACCCUCUCAGAAAUCGGAGGCUCUUUGUCCUCAUCUUCCUCCUCAUCAUCAUCAUUCGUGUCCUCCACAGCUGCUUUCAAUCGCCUUUCUCUAGAUGUAGAUGCUGGAGCUAUGGCAUCCUUCUUGGAACCGUCAGAAGCAGCACCAGAGAGACCUCCAAAGCCUCUGCCGAGGCGGAUCAACUCGGAGCGCCGCCACAGCCCCGUCCCACCCGUUCCCCCCAGCGCCGCGUCGGCGGGAGGAGACGCCAACCCCCAGAUCAGCAGUGAGAUCGAGCACCUCAUGAAUCAGGGAUACUCGUACCAGGACAUCCAGAAAGCCCUGAUGAUCGCACAGAACAACAUAGAAAUGGCCAAGAAUAUCCUGCGUGAGUUCGUCUCGGUUCCCUCCGCGCACAUCCUCACAUAGCACAUCAUGGUGCCUCCGUCUCACGCCCGCUCUCGCCCUAGCUUGGCUCGGCCUGGUUCGGUUUCGGUUGGCACAGACCAACCCAGAGCCCACCGACUCCAGCGCCGGCUCCGGUGUUGGCAGACACCCUUUGCCACCCCCCAACGCGCUGUGAAUUUUUUAAACUGGCUCUUACUCCAGCAAUCUCACAGCAUCUCUGGGACUCUACGCCCUGCACUCCAUGCGCUUUCAACUGCAUUUGACCUUCGUUUUUUUUUUUUGUUUGUUUGUUUGUUUUUUUGCUACAGCAGGCCUCUUCGGUUUCAGUUGCAUCUCCUCUGUACUGAACAAACGCGUGUGGAAAAGCACGCAGCGCAAAACCUUCAUAGGAAUCCUGGGAAAACAGAUUCAGAUUUUUCAUGUCAAAGCCUCUUGCUGAAAAUGUAACCAACACCUCACAAAGAGAACUAAAAGUGUAUGUCUAUAUGAAAAUUUAAUAUAUAAGUAAAUAUAUAGUAAAUGUGUGUAAUAUAUACAGUACGUGCAUAUACAAUAUGUGAAAAUGAUUCAGCUUGAAGGGUUUCCUUUGGUACAACUAAAUGAGUAAGACCGGAGUCAGAUUACAAGCAGGGUUUGUCUCUUUCUGCCUGAUGGAGGAAGGAAGAGUUCAGGUGUCUACUCACCAGGAUGUUAUAGUCAGCAGCAGCUUGAAAAAACAAAAACAUGCAGCAAAGCUUUUUUUUUUUCCUUUUUUUUCAUAAAUUCAUUCUGAAAUGGCCUUUGAUUAACAAUAUUUUGGUACUUUUUUUAUUUUGAAAACCAGCUUGUUUUGUGGUGUUUUUGUAUUCCAGCGUAGCAUGACGAUGGUUUCAGGUCUGAAAGCAUUUCUGACUGGUUGUGUGCAUUACUCGUGUACGUGGGCAUGCUUGUGUGUGAGCUUCAGACCUGCUUCUCACGACCCCGCCCCCCACGCCCUGCACAACAUGAAUGUGGGAUUGCAGUCGGGCGUCCUCGGACUCGCGUUCCACAAACGUACUACUGCUCUACGUUGUAAAGGCAGGGCCUUGUGUAGCUGUAGAGCCCGGCAGUGAGAUUAUUAGACGUUUUAAUGUUGGCGACCCUGCAGUACCCUGCAUGGUCCGUGGUGGCUGAAAAGGUUAGUUUUGUUUUGUUUUCGUUGUCUGCAUUCAUUGGCUGGUUCAGUUUUUUCUGUUUCCAUCUCAGUCCGGUGUUACGCAACAAACAAAAAAAGUCAUUGAUUUUCUUUAAUAUAUUAUUGUUAUAUGAUCAUAAAUAUUAUUAUAAUUAAUUCAGAAGUGUUUCACUGCUGCUACUCUUGUUAGUGCUAAACAAUUAAAGCCUUAAAUGUACAUUUGUGAA